GGUGAUCACAUCCCCGCUGCUCGUCUUCAAGUUCUCCUCAACCCGAAACCAAGCCCCCUCUUCGUCCACAUGGAGCGCACCUUCAUCGCCGUGAAGCCCGAUGGCGUCCAGCGAGGACUCUGUGGAGACAUCAUGAAGCGCUUCGAGCAGAGAGGCUUCAGGCUGGUGGCAGCCAAGUUCAUCCAGGCCUCUGAGGAGCACAUGAAGAACCACUACCUGGACCUGAAGGACAUGCCCUUCUAUGGAGGACUCUGCAAGUACAUGUCCUCUGGACCCGUCUUCGCCAUGGUGUGGGAGGGUCAGAGCAUCGUGAAGCUAGCCAGGAUGAUGAUGGGCGAAACCAACCCCGCCGACUCCAAACCCGGCAGCAUCCGCGGUGACCUGUGCGUCAACAUCGGCAGGAACAUCAUCCACGGCAGCGACACCCUGGAGAACGCCCAGCGCGAGAUCGGACUGUGGUUCAAGGCCGAGGAGUUCGUCUCCUACACCCCCUGCGCCCAGGCCUUCCUGUACGAGUAAGCCGGCCAAUCAGCAGCCAGUAAACCACUGACCCCGCCCAUCCAACCUGAUCAAUAAAGUCUCAU